UUCCUGUGUCUGCCCCCUCCUCCCUGCAGUCUCUGCUUUGGUGACAGUGUUCUCUCAGUUUAGGGACCUCCUCUCACAACCAGACAUACACAUGAGCCCCGAGAUUGAUCCCCCAUCGUGUAGAGAGCCCUUGUGAGCCCCGAGCUCACGCAGGAGGCCUCCUCCAGGACCGGCUCUCGUCACUGUCCCUUUAAUUACCUAGCAACAUGGAUGGAGAAGAUGCUAAUUUUGGGGGUUUCCAGCCCAAGGGGGCAACCAUGUCUAUUAUUGGAGCAGAGGAUGAGGACUUUGAGAAUGAUAUUGAGCAGACUAUGGAUGACCAGUUCAGCUAUUUUCAAAGUAUUGAGCUAGUGAAGGACCAUCCGGCGUACAUUAUGGUCUUGCUUCAUCAUAGCGUGCUUCAGUUUGACCCAAGCCCUCUGCUUUGUUUCCUGCACAUCGAGAUUCUGAGAAGUCUUUCUGCCAAAGAAGGGAAAAAAUUCUUUUUGGAUUUCUAUUAUAUGUUCCUUGUAAAGGGCGCCGUCCUGAGAGUUCCUAUCCCACACAGUGUGUCAUUUGAAUUAGAUCGCACAAGGCCUGAGCUUAUUCCUGAAGAUACACAGAAAAGAUUUAUGAGGGAGAUCCAGAGUCACCAGAUUCCAGAGAUUAAUCGUCAGCUAGAGGACUUCAGGUCCAAACGAGUUCUGGGUAUGACUCCUGGGGAGCAGGAACUCACAGAGUUGGAGUCUUAUCAGACCAGUGACCGUCACAUUCUGGAGUCGAAAGAAAAGCAGUUGGCAGAGCAGCUUCUUGCCCGUCUGGAAGAUAUGCACCCAACUAUCUCUACAGACGAGGAGAAAAGUACUACCAUCUUCUGUGCUAUUGUCACUUAUAUGAAGCACAUUGGUGUGAAGACCAAGGCGGCGGAUAGCAAGAAGAACAAAGGCAUAUUCUUCAGGAAAAAGGUAUCUGCAAAGAAACCUGACGAGCCUGUGAAAACCAAGAAAGCAUUCAGUAUCCUAGAUCCUGCCCGCUGGAACCGCAAUGAUUCUCACUAUGUUGAAAGCAGACCGUCAAAGGUUGAGCCCGAAGCAUCAGAAAAGCCGUCAGUCCCAGAGAGAAGGAUAAGCCAUGGACAGAGGACUUAUGAUAGGAGUGACAGUAAUGCAGCAAAACCAAAGAGUAACAGUGGAGGGCCUGGGGAAGAGCCAGAGGUCUCCGUGAACAUACACCCUCCACCCAGUGAGCCAAGCAGCAGUGACAACGUGUCUGAUGGGUCAGUAUCUUUGGAUGCUUCGGAUCAAAUCUCCAAAGGAUCCCCCACUAUAGAACUGUGCCCCACAGAGCAUCAGCAGGAUGAAAACGCAGAGAACGAGAGCCCUGAACCUGGAGGGAGUGCUGAAGGUCCGCUGUCCUUUCUGUCUACCCAGUCUGAGGAGUCUGAGCCGCGCAUUUCGGAGGCUGAGAUCGACCCCCCAAACUGGAGGGACCUUGUCCCCCCAGAAAUACUCCUCAGGCUGAAGAAAAGCGAGAUCAAGCGGCAAGAGGUCAUUAAUGAACUGCUUUCUACGGAGCAUGCUCAUGUGCGAAUGCUUCGAGUAUUGCAUGACAUCUUCUACCUCCCCAUGUUGAGGGACUGGAUUCCCACUCUUGAAUUGGAAAACAUAUUCCCCAGCUUGGAUGAACUUAUUGAUGCCCAUGCGGUGUUCCUGGAUACCUUGAAGCGCCUCCGCCAGGAGAACAACUCUGUAAUUCAUGAGAUUGGGAGUACAUUGCUAAAUCGGUUUGAUGGAACAGAGGGCAGCUGGUUUCAGAAGAUUUCCUCAAGAUUUUGCAGUCGACAGUCAUUUGCACUGGAACAGUUAAAAGUAAAGCAGAAGAAGGAGCCUCGCUUUACCCAGUUUAUACAGGAAGCAGAGAGCAGUCCGCAAUGUAGACGGCUGCAGUUAAAGGACAUCAUCCCAUUUGAAAUGCAGCGAUUGACCAAGUACCCACUACUUCUACAGAACAUUGCCAAUCUCACUGAGGAAGAGGAGGAGAAGCAGAAAGUACAGAAGGCAGCAGAGUGCUGUCGACAGAUUCUGAAUCAUGUCAACCAGGAGGUACGGGAGAUGGAAAACAAGAUGAAACUGGCUGAUUAUCAGAGACGUCUAGACAUCACCAACUUGAGACAGAGCAAUGACCCUUUGUUUAAUGAGUUCAAGAACAUUGAUAUCAGCAGAAAGGACCUUAUACAUGAAGGUUCUAUGACAUGGAGAGUGAGCAAAGACAAGGCAGUUGAUGUGCAUGUGCUCCUGUUGGAAGAUCUCUUGCUGCUGCUACAAAAACAGGAUGAGCGUCUAGUGCUUAAGUGUCAGAGUCGGACACUCACUCCUACUCCUGAAGGGAAACUUAUGCUAAGUCCAAUCAUCAAGCUAAAUACAGCCAUAGCUCGGGAGGUGGCUACAGACAACAAAGCCUUCUUUGUGAUAUUUUACUGGGAGGACAGAGCACAGAUCUAUGAGCUGGUUGCCCCUACCGUGUCUGAUAAGAAAAACUGGUUUCAUCUGAUCAGUGAGACUAUUGUGUCUUUAGACACUUCCACUUCAAAAGCCUCAAAACUCAGACCUGUGACUCCUGGAAGCUUGUUACCACCAAGCCCCUCUUUCUUAACUGAUACAUCAUCGGAGAAUGGAGCAUCAAUGAAAGAAUCCAUUACUAAAGAUGAAAAAGAAAAAGAGGACCCCGUGGAUGAAGGGCACAAAAAAGUUGGGGAUUCCUCGAGUAUAAUGGAGCAUCUACUGGCCAACAAUAUUCCAUUGUACAAGAUGAAUCAGGGGGAAUUAACUUCUGAAGGAAAAGUUGCCAGUGAAGCCCUAGAAGAAGUAUUGGUGCUCAAACGGUUACUAGUGCGUAAUAUCCGCUUAAGUAUGGAUGUGGACUCAAUCUCAAACCUUGAUAGCUGGACAGGAGCCCCUCAGUGGGAAACAGGAGAUGAGGAACCUGCACAGGCGGAAGGUACAACAAAUGGUAACCGCGAAGGAGAGGAUCACAUGAAAGAAACAGGAAGCGAGACUAGUGAGAAAGAAGAGAAGAGUAAUGUGGGGUCUCAUGAUGCUGGGGAGUCACUUUGUGCCCCCAUUGUUCUUUCUCCGGAACAAUCAGAAGAAGUCAGGAAACAUAUCCUAGUACUGGAGCAACGAGUACAGCAACUCAAGCUGAUUGAAGAGGAAUACAACCACCUGCAAAGAACAGUUGCACAAUUUACUGUAUCUCAAAGCAAUUUCACAUGAGACAGGUGCUAGACGUCUCCAUAUAAUGAAGCUGCCAUACGCUUCCCUCGCCCAUACAGGAUACCAGGCUUUUUGUAUGUUUGGACUACGUUCUUGUUGAGUGGGGAAGAAGGAAAUCAAUACAGCUCCAAAUUGACUGAUAUUUUUUGGCUCUGAAGAGAAAUUGCCUUCAAACCUUUGACCUAAAUGUAUGAUGCCACAGAAGUGCCUUUUUGUUUUUAUAUUUUCAGGGACCAUAUGAGGGUUUGGGGAUGCAGGAUUUUCUAUAUAUUCUGUAAUCUGUUUUUAGUAUAUAUAUAUAUAUAUGUAUCAGAUAUAUAGAUUAUUAUCAUAGUUGUACAGUAAGAUAAUCAUGUCUGCAUGUUAUGAUAAAGAUAUGAGGGUCACUUGGAUUCUUAAAGUGCUUCGUUUGGAGCCAACAGAUAAUUGCAGAAGCUUCUUCAGUGAAGAGAGUGUGAUCCACUGAGGGCAACAAAAAGGUAUACAGACAAGUUAAAGAUACAGGCAAGGAAGGACACCACAAACCCUGCAGUGCCUUAGGUAAAGGUUAGGAUACAGUUUAUUGCCUCUUGCUUGUACCUUUUGGGUGGUGGUUAGUCUUAGAUGUGCAGACUGGAUCAGAUUAGCUAAACCUUGCGUUUAGUUUCUGUGUUCUGGAUAUGGAGUUUAAUGCGACUAGUUAGAUAAAGAGGAUGUACUUGGGUUGGGUACCUUUAUAAAUUGAAAUUGGAAUGCAGUUAUUGAGAGGAAGGGGUGAGAGCUGUGUAUUAGGAUGGCAUAAGAUGUGAUAUCUGUGUAUUUGGACAGUAUGAAAGUGUGAUGUUUGUUAAUAAAGCAUGGGUGAGAUUAGUGAAGUGUGUGUGUUCUGUUUAUUGAGAAGUGAUGAUUGUGUAUUAGGAUAUGGUAAAUAUUGUGUGCCCAGGUGUUUGUUUACUAGGGUAAAUAAUAUGGUUUCUUACGAUUGUAUUAGGUUUGGGAAAGGGUUGUUCUGAGGUUUUUAUUUAUAAAGAAGGUGGCUGUAUUUUUGUAGGUGUCUGUGCCUUCCAACAUUUCAUAUUCUCAACUGAGAAACAUGUUUUAAUUGGUGAAUGACAGUGGUCCUAGGUGGUGCAGCAGUAGAGUUAAGGCUCCUGGGUGAUGAGAACCAAUCGCUUUAGUAGCCUUUCUGAAGGUGGGACAUGCAAGAGGAAGUGUAGGACUGAAAGUCUGGGCUGCCAACUUCCUUAAAUUAACCAGUUUAUUAGAGAGACCUGGUGUGUGUCUUGACGUAUGUGUGUUAGGAUUAGGAGAGGUGAAUUUACUUCUGUUUUUUAUUUUAAUAUAGUGUGAGUUGUGGUGUUCUGAUUGUUUUAGCAUGAAUGGAAUCAGAAUUGCAGUUAUCUCAUGUGUAUCCUGAAAAAUCUGACAUUGCAUCUGACUAGAGCUGAAAAACUCUACAGGUAUGUGUCCUGAAGUAUGAGAGAUGUAUAUGCCAUCCAUGCCUUAGUAUUGUGUUUAGUACUCAAAGGUUUUUUUUUACCCCCUUUUCUCCAAGUAUAUGAAGGUUAUGGCCUAGAUCGUGUUGUUAGUGCACUCUACUACCUGAUAGGAUCAACAAAAGUCUUCUUAUAAUCUCUGGACUUUUAUUGCAACUACAAGGUAAUAUUGUUUGUAACUUCAAUAUAUUCUAUUACUGUAUGUUCUAGUAAAGUGAUGUAAAGGGCAAUAGGUAUGUGUUUUAGCUGUGGAAUAAUUUUGUAAAGCAAAACCUCAGUAAAGAUGGAAAGAAAGAAUAUCCAGUAUUGAGACCGACUUUAGACCCCAUCUGAUCCAGUCUUGCACUAUGAAAAUCCGUUUUGAUGAGUUCAUGUCAAGCACUUUAGUGCAACGGAAUCAUUUCUACUCUGCAAAGUAACUUUACUACUUGGGCAGAUGUAAUGUAGUAUUGGGUGCAGACCUAGCAUCCAUAUUCAUGUAAGCAUAUUAGCUGUUACAGAGCAGCAGGCAUAAGGGUGUAAUAUAUGGAUAUACAGUAUAUGUGCAUUUUUAGUUUUCCAGUUUUGGCUUUGUUUUGGUUAUUUAAACAUUUUAUAUAUAUAUAUAUAUAUAUAUAUAUAUAUAUAUAUAUAUAUAUAUAUAUAUAUAUAUAUAUAUAUAAAACGCCUAUAUUUAUAAUAUUAUGAUAUAGAUAUAUAUCUUUGUUUUUAUAUUUUGAUGGGGGAAGAGAAGAGCUGGGUGUAAGAUCUUCUGCCUGGGGAAUUUAUAUUAUUUUAAUUCACAUUUUUCUCAGUGUAUGCCAAAGACCAAGAGAAGGUCUAACCUCAAAAACCACCAAAAAAUAAAGUGUCUUCUGCAACAA